AUGACCAUACAAGAAGCCUCAGAAGCACUUCUAUGUAAGGUGUUCCCAACAUCCUUAGAAGGCCCGGCUACAACUUGGUUCUCGUGCCUGGAACCAGGGUCUGUGCAUGACUUUAAACAACUCAACAAGAAAUUCAUAGAUUACUUUGAAGGGAGCAAGGGACAUCAAAAGACAUCAUCGGAUCUUAUGGACGUAAAGCAGCAACCCGGUGAGUCUCUCCGACAGUUCAUACGUCGUUUCAAUCUGGAAAAACUAGAGAUAAGAGACUUCGAUCCUACCGUGGAGUUCAUGGCCUUAAAAAGCGGGGUUCAGGAGGAGUGA